AUGGAAGUUGACAUAAUAAAAGUCACUGUUCAAUAUCGUUUUCAGCCUUGUGAAUUCAGAGUUCCAAGUUUCAAUUUAUUGCAGGAAACAAAUGAAAGCCCUGAAAAUGGCAUAAUGAAUCAAUAG